AGUCGUAACCUCAGUUGGCGCAUAAAAGCCACUGACGCUCCCAAACAAGCUCACACUAUUCUGCCAGAGCUCACGAAGCAACGACCGCCGUGUCUCGUGUGCGCGCAGCGUGCGAAAAGCGUGAACGGUCACCGUAGACCUCAUCGUUCGCCCAACUCCUCAUUUUCCAUCGCCGUACUCUUCGAGUAGAGGCUAUUUCGCCAUGGAAAGAAGACGGUCUCUCAAGUCCAAGGACCUGCUGAUACCAGUGGGCUAUGGCUACCUGCACGCAAAGGAUUCGGGACCAUCGGAUGGCUUGCCGGUGCUCGCCAUCCACGACUGGCUUGACAACUGCGCCUCGUUCGACACCUUGGUUCCCCUGCUGGACCCCACAUUUCGAGUGGUCGCCCUGGAUUUGGUGGGCCACGGAGCUUCGUCCAAUCUUCCACGCGGUUACCAGUACAGCCACCAGCAAUUCGUUGAGGACAUCGAUUGCGUGCUGGACUAUCUUGGCUGGAGCUACUGCGCCAUCCUGGCCCACGGAGUCGGGGCCACGAUGGCACUCUACUACGCCGGCCUUCGGCCGGACGUCUGCACGGGUGUCGUGUCUCUGAGCAUGUCGGACACCGUGAACACGCAUCCGGGACACAUGCUGCCGACACUAGUCCAGCACAUUGAUGCGUCCGGAAACCUCGAAUACCAGAAGGCCGGUGAGGAGACCAUAGAGACCGUGGUGCGAGACCUUGUCGACGUCACUGGAGGCUCGCUCGAUGAAGAGUCGGCACGCGUUCUGCUCGGCGCCGAAGAAGAAGCUGGCCAGACCCUGCAGCUCGCCGUGCUGUCCCGGUGCCUCAAGGUGUACACGCUAUCAGAGAUGAAGAAGGACCCCCUCACCAUUCAGAACACCAUGACGCUGUACCAGGGCCCCUUGCUCAUGGUGUGUGCCAAAGACUGGUGUGACGAUGACGAAGAUGGCAUGCUCCGAAUCUGCGAGGACUUCUUCAGGACUUCGUGCGACCCUUUCGUGAAGCUGGAUGUAGACGGUACGCAUCACGUUCACCUCAACAACCCGGCGCUCGUGGCGAGCCACGUGAACGACUUUCUUCGAAAGUCGUGCUUGAGUGACCUGUCCUGCCCCUCCUUGGUCUACGAAGGCUCGCUUGAGAGGAACUGCGUGGAUUUCACUCCGCUGCUCACUGACUUCGUGUUAUAACCAGAGUGAUGGCGCCUCGUGUGUCUGUAGACUGACACAUUGGUUGUACAUAGACUUUGUUAGUACGCAUGUCUGUUUGAACAGUUUGCAUGUAUUUGUGGAGCAUGUGUCGGAGCAUGUGUCUGUACAGUAUCUAUUUCGGGCAUCUUGGAGUAGAACAUGUCAUUCGCGUCCUACUCUUCGUUUCUCAUACGUGUAUUUAUCCUCUCGAGGCCUGGGCGUGUCAACGCUCCAGUUGCUGAAUGCGAAGGGUUUUCUACUUUUCGUUAACGCCAAAUAAACCAAAGCUUCCUGUUUUCUGACAUUGAAA